AUGGCCAACGCCCCGGCCCCCAACUACCAAAACCCUCCCGGCCAUUGGGUUGAGCCCGACGACGUACCAUCCAUUACUGAUAUUCUUGGGUGUUGUCCCGACUAUGGAAAUCCACAGCUGGCGUACAAAAUCCUAGGGCUGCAUUCGACGCGACAAAGACCUACUGCCCAUAGACCAGAUGCAGUCCGCUUUACACGGUGGUGUAACAGAGUGGCCCAGUCGAUUUAUGACUCGGGCGAGCCCUCAAGACUAGGUUCCGUCCAGCACCGACGCUUCCUCGAGGCGAACAGGCGAUUCUUGUCGGCCAUUCACAGCCUCGCAGGCAUGCGACGGCCCAGACACGACGACUGGAAGCCAAGCCGGAGAAUUCAGAUCUCGCCUUGGCAAGUCGUCAGCGGCAAAUGCCGCGAUGCCCCGUUAGAUAUGACACAGACGGCCUGGGACCAGAUGGUCGUGGUUCCGCUAUCGUUUGCCGAUUUCCAGCAGCAUUAUAGCUCAAUCAGAGUGGAGAGAAGGAAUCAGAUGGCGCGAGAGGAGGCAAAGGAACGGAAGGCGUGGCUGGCCACGCCGAACAUGAUCAGGGACGCGGAGGACCGAGAGCUAGAUGAUCUAAAGGACAUUUUCUCUUGCUACGGAUUCUGUGCCAGGCCCUUUUUCAGGUUUCCACAAGACAAGCCUAGUGUUCAGAAAAGGCCUCUUGACUACACCUUUUACGCCGCCCCGGUGCCAAGAGACGAAAACAGCUUGUGGUACUCUCUUGCGAUCCUGGUCGAGGACAAACCGACCGACGCGAAAUGGAUCAAGGGGAAAGUGGCGCAUUGGUUCUACCAGAACUUGAUGAGGCCAAGGUCGGAGCGGUUCCGAAUGUAUCAUCACCUACUUGCAGAGUCCGUGGACUGUCUUGACGAGGAUGACGCGAAAGAUUGGGGAAUGAUGGACCUUCUCCGGUGUCUCAACAGGAAUGAUGCGGAAGCCGGGAUGCCGAGGGAGGCCGGAUUCCACGAGAUGCUCCAUCUGGUGGCGGACUUCCUCGACACCGAAGUAAUCACGUUCACGCGGCCCCGUUUUCCGAGCACGUACAACGCCGGUGACCGGGUCAUGAAGCAGUGGUUGCAGGAGAACCCGUACGAGAUGAGGGUAUACGGGAACCAGUCGUCCCAGGAGACGUACCAUCUGCCGAGGUUCCAGAACAGAAAGCAAAUUCUGCUGGUUACUGACCCGGAGCUGCGGCACUUCCAGCCCGUCGUGCGUGUGACGCCCCAUAUGCCCAGGUACGAAGCCGGCGACAGAUCCUUCCACGGAUACUACCUCCCCACCGGGGGCUUCGAAGUUUGGGAUCGCCAUAUGCCGAUGCCGUGGUGGCCCGGGUUCCGCUGGGACGCCGAUAACAGCCGGUGGACGGGGGACUGGGACGAUGACGACCUGCGGCGUCGCAUCACGAUUUACCAGAAGCUGCAGAUGAAACCGAGCGACAUCACGACCGGCAACAUCAUGCACUCGGUCAGCGAAAGCCAGCUACAGGGACCGUACUUCGCCAACGAGCCGGCCGGCCACUUGCUCCCGGCGCUCCAGACGAUGUACGACCAGAGACAAUCGUACGUCGGCGACGCGGACACGGACCGGAAGGCGCUGUUCCGCUGGAGCAAGCAGUCCCGGCUCACGUGGACCGCCGCGGCGCCCAGUCUCAACCAACCGUUGGACCCUGCGCCUCGCUUGCGGGACUUUGAUGCCAGGAUUGGGUCGACCCAGUUCCCUGCCCGAUUCCCAUCCAAGAGGCAGUGGGAUGCGAUGGCAAGCGGCGGCCGGGACUACCCGGAGCAGAUCAACAUCGGCCGCCACGAGGAGUACGGCUGGCUUAGGCUCGAAGCGACGGAGACGGAGAACAGGCGUCCGGACUGGCACGAUAACAAGAGGAGGAGGAAGGUGCCGGGGUCUUGA